AUGAUGUCUGAGCAACCAAGACCGAUCUACUCUCAGGAGCAGAUAUCAAAAUAUUUCGAACGUCUGAAGCUAUCUGGGGGGGACCAGAAAUAUGACAUAUCUGGAUUGGACACUGAGGAUACUCUCAAGUAUCUUGCACUAUUGCAGAAGCAUCAUCUUGCUACCAUACCGUUCGAGAACUUGACGCUGCAUUACUCAGCUCAUCACUCAGUCAACAUCCAUCCUCAAGCCUUGUUCACGAAGAUCAUUGGAGAUAACAAUGGCCGUGGAGGAUAUUGCAUGGAGAACAAUGCCUUGUUUGGCACGCUUUUGUUCUCGCUUGGCUUCAAUAUUUAUUCUACCGGUGCCCGUGUCAGCAAUGGCGGAGUCUUUACAGGCUGGUCUCAUAUGGUUAAUAUAGUGACUAUAGGGGAGACAAAGUACCAGAUUGAUGUUGGUUUUGGUAGUAACGGUCCCGUCAUGCCAAUGCCCUUGGACCGCUCGGGGGUCAUUCGAGAACACAUCAAGCCAGCUGCAGCUCGUCUCCAAUGGCGCAACAUUCCCGGUAAUACGGACCCGAACCAACGUCUCUGGGUAUACGAGCAUCGUCCGGGCGCAGAAAGCGACUUCACCCUGAUGUACUGCUUCACCGAGCUUGAGUUUCAACCCACUGACUACACACUCAUGAACUAUUUCACAAGCACAAGCAAACAUAUUUUCUUCACAAGGGCAAUCGUAUUGGAGAAGAAGAUCCUGGAUGAUGCUGGAGAGCUCGUGGGCCAGCUGAUAAUGAGCGAUCGAGACCUCAAGUGGAGAAUAUACGGGAAGAAGGAAAAACAAAUCGAGUUUAACAGCGAAGAAGACCGUCUUGGUGCUCUCGAAGAACACCUCGGCAUCCAUUUUGGCGAGAUGGAAAGGAUUGGGAUUCGAGGCUUGCCGUCUGAAAUCAAGUCAUAG